CGAGCCGGGCUGGGUUGGGCUGCGCUGGGCGGCCCCGAGCGGAGCCGCCGCUGCAGCAUCGCGGGUGGCGCUCGCCGAGCCGCAUGGGCGCAGGAUGGCCGUGCUCAAGCUCGCAGACCAGCCACCACUGGUCCAAGCGAUUUUCAGUGGCGAUCCAGAAGAGAUACGGAUGUUGAUCUACAAAACUGAGGAUGUCAAUGCCUUGGACGCCGAGAAACGAACUCCUCUUCAUGUUGCAUCAUUCCUGGGGGAUGCAGACAUUAUUGAGCUUCUGAUUUUGUCAGGUGCUCGUGUUAAUGCCAAGGACAAUAUGUGGCUGACUCCUCUCCAUCGAGCAGUUGCUUCAAGAAGUGAAGAAGCAGUCCAAGUAUUGAUUAAGCACUCGGCCGAUGUCAAUGCUCGGGACAAGAACUGGCAGACACCCUUGCACGUGGCGGCUGCAAACAAGGCAGUGAAGUGUGCGGAAGUCAUCAUCCCCAUGCUGAGUAGCGUCAAUGUCUCUGACCGAGGGGGGCGGACAGCAUUGCACCAUGCAGCUCUGAAUGGCCACAUCGAGAUGGUGAACUUGCUCUUAGCCAAGGGGGCAAACAUCAAUGCUUUUGACAAAAAGGACAGAAGAGCUCUUCACUGGGCAGCAUAUAUGGGUCACCUGGAAGUUGUUGCCUUGCUGAUUAAUCAUGGUGCAGAGGUGACUUGUAAAGACAAGAAGGGUUACACCCCACUUCAUGCAGCUGCAUCCAAUGGACAGAUUAACAUUGUGAAACACCUCCUUAACCUGGGGGUAGAGAUUGAUGAGAUGAACAUCUAUGGAAAUACCGCACUUCACAUUGCCUGUUACAAUGGUCAAGAUUCUGUUGUUAAUGAGCUGAUUGACUAUGGUGCUAAUGUAAAUCAGCCUAAUAACAAUGGAUUCACUCCCUUGCAUUUUGCUGCUGCCUCCACUCAUGGAGCACUGUGUCUUGAACUACUAGUGAAUAAUGGGGCGGAUGUUAACGUUCAGAGUAAGGACGGAAAGAGCCCGCUGCACAUGACCGCUGUUCAUGGGAGGUUCACGCGGUCGCAGACCCUCAUUCAGAAUGGAGGGGAAAUUGACUGUGUUGAUAAGGAUGGUAACACCCCUCUGCACGUGGCUGCAAGAUACGGACAUGAACUUUUGAUUAACACCCUCAUAACCAGUGGAGCUGAUACUGCCAAGUGUGGGAUCCACAACAUGUUUCCUUUACACUUAGCAGCACUGAAUGCUCACUCAGACUGCUGCAGGAAAUUGUUGUCAUCAGGACAAAAGUAUAGCAUAGUGUCCUUGUUUAGUAAUGAGCACGUGCUGUCUGCAGGCUUUGAAAUAGACACCCCCGAUAGUUUUGGAAGAACGUGCCUCCACGCUGCCGCUGCAGGAGGUAACGUUGAAUGUAUAAAACUCUUGCAAAGCAGUGGAGCAGAUUUUAAUAAGAAGGAUAAAUGUGGAAGGACACCUUUGCAUUAUGCAGCUGCAAAUUGUCAUUUCCACUGUAUUGAGACACUGGUGACAACAGGAGCCAAUAUUAAUGAAACAGAUGACUGGGGACGCACUCCUUUGCACUAUGCUGCUGCUUCUGACAUGGACCGAAAAAGAAAGAAUAUUUUAGGUAACUCCCAUGAAAAUGCUGAAGAACUUGAAAGAGCCAGUGAGAUGAAGGAAAAAGAAGCUGCAUUGUGUCUAGAGUUCCUUCUACAGAACGAUGCCAAUCCAUCCAUCCAAGACAAAGAAGGGUACAACACUGUGCAUUAUGCUGCUGCAUAUGGGCACCGGCAGUGUUUGGAACUGAUUGGAAGCAAAACUCCAUUGGAUAUACUUCUGGAAAAAACCAACAAUAUGUUUGAGGAACCCGAUUCUGCAGCUACAAAAAGUCCUUUGCAUUUAGCUGCCUACAAUGGUCAUCAUCAAGCCUUGGAAGUACUUCUCCAGUCUCUGGUAGAUUUGGAUAUUAGGGACGAGAAAGGACGCACUGCUUUGGACCUGGCUGCCUUUAAAGGACACUCAGAGUGCGUGGAAGCUCUCGUCAGCCAGGGUGCUUCUGUCACUGUAAAAGACAAUGUCACCAAAAGGACCCCCCUCCAUGCUUCAGUUAUUAACGGCCAUACACCUUGUUUACGGUUGUUGCUAGAAGUUGCAGACAACCCUGAUGUGACAGACGCCAAAGGACAAACCCCACUAAUGCUUGCAGUGGCAUAUGGGCACAUUGAUGCUGUUUCUUUAUUACUUGAAAAAGAAGCAUCUGUAGAUGCAGCUGAUCUCCUGGGAUGCACAGCUUUACAUCGAGGGAUUAUGACUGGGCACGAAGAAUGUGUUCAGAUGCUGUUAGAGAAAGAAGUAUCUAUUUUGUGUAAAGAUGCCAGAGGCAGGACACCUCUACACUUCGCAGCAGCUCGGGGUCAUGCCACGUGGUUGAGUGAAUUACUGCAGAUAGCACUUUCAGAGGAAGACUGUAGUUUGAAAGAUAAUCAAGGUUAUACACCGCUGCACUGGGCUUGUUACAAUGGUCAUGAAAACUGCAUAGAGGUACUAUUGGAACAAAAGUUAUUCCGCACAUUUUAUGGUAAUAGCUUCUCUCCAUUGCACUGUGCCGUAAUAAAUGAUCACGAAAACUGUGCAUCACUGCUCAUCGGAGCCAUCGAUGCCAGCAUUGUCAAUUGCAAAGAUGACAAAGGAAGAACGCCCCUUCACGCCGCAGCCUUUGCAGAUCACGUGGAGUGCCUCCAGCUCCUCCUGAGUCACAGUGCACAAGUGAAUGCUGCAGAUCACGCAGGGAAAACGCCUCUCAUGAUGGCAGCUCAAAAUGGUCACGUAGGUGCUGUAGACUUCCUGGUGAACAUUGCCAAGGCUGACUUGACGUUAAAAGAUAAGGAGUCAAAUACAUCUUUGCACUUGGCUAGCAGUAAAGGUCAUGAAAAAUGUGCCUUGUUAAUACUUGACAAGAUACAAGAACAGAGCCUUAUUAAUGCAAAAAAUAGUGCAUUGCAGACACCUCUCCAUAUUGCUGCACGAAAUGGCUUAAAGAUGGUGGUUGAAGAGUUGCUAGCCAAAGGGGCGUGUGUCCUAGCAGUUGAUGAAAAUGGUCAUACGCCAGCCCUGGCUUGCGCUCCUAACAAAGACGUGGCUGACUGCCUGGCACUCAUUUUGGCUACCAUGAUGCCUUUUUCUCCUUCCAGUUCAGUGACGGCUUUCAACUUCGUUUGCUUUAAAAAAGACAAUUUGGGCAGGACGCAUCUCUGCGAUGACUCCAGCAUGGGUAGCACUAACUCUUACGAUAAGCCCUUGAGUAAUAACAUAGGACCAGAGGACGGGUACAAUGAAAAUGAUUCGGAUUCUGAAACGUUUUGACUUUUUGGUGUUCAAAAAUUUUUAUUUGUUAGUAUUUCAUUUCAGCUUUGUUUUUGUCUCUUUAAAAGGCUUAAAUCCCACAGCUAUAUCCUCAACUAUUAUUCUUGAUAAGCAGGUAUUGAAAGGUUUUGAGUGUUGAUGAGAAUCAAGCCUUUAAAUAACAGUUAGAGGGAUUUACUGGAACGUAUUCCCAUUAACGUUCUGCAGCUUUUCAGUUUCUCAUAUUUUCUUUAGGCCCUAAGUGCCCCUGUGGAAAGUCUCUACCUCUUAUUUUAAGUAGAAAAAGAGAAAAUGCCUUUUUUCUUUUUUGACAGCACAAAUAAACAGGGAAUUGUUUGUAAAAAGUUCUUACAUGUUUUACCUGCACCUUUAGUACACAAACAUAUUUACAGCGUAGCCUUCAUAGAUUUGAGCAUCAUCCCUUUCCUCUGUUUGUUUCCUGCUUCCAGGGGCUCUGUUAAUUAGAAAUUUUUUUUCAAACAAACCAAAGGUGAAGUUGUAAAUGUUAAAGCUGCCUGUAGUAGUUUUCUAUAGGAAACGAAACGUAUUAUGUUCUGCGUGUGUUGAGCACUUAAACGUACAGAAGGCACUUUUUACAGUUCUUAGUUGCAGCACGCAGUUAGAAAAAUAUGGUUAUAAACUCUUUGGGCCAAAUUUCUGCUUGUCUCACCCUAUUUUCCCACAGACAUUAGCAGAAUCACUUGCGUAAAAUGAAAAUCACUUGGCCUUUUUGGUUUUUUUUUCAAUUCAGCAAAACAUGUACGGUUUAUUUGCACUACGGAAUUAGGGUCAUUAGAUGUUUCUGUCACCUGAGCCAUUAACCAUUAAUCUAGACCAGGAAAAAAAGAGGAGGGAGGUGGGAAUCAGGUGUAGAAAAAGGUGUAUGUGAGAGUUUAUUAUGACUUGCCAACUUCAAUGGAUUUUUUUUUUUCUAUACUUAAAUAACUUAUUUUUACUGUAAACAGUAUUGAAUUUUAAAAUACUUUUGCCAGUGUUUGGAUUAACAGAGCAAAGGUAAAGCAAUGAAAGCGUAACACCAAAAGUUGAAAUACCAAACACCAGAAAGCAUAGCAGCGCACUGUGCAGGGGAUCGGAGAUCCGUGCUAGAACAGCCUAUUGUCACCAGCUUGUAAAGCAAUGUCAGCUUUGUGAAUAUGUUUACUCCUUCUGCCAAAGUUUCUAGGUCAAAUGGACCACGACCCUCCUCUGCAACAGAUGUACAAAAGGAAGAGUAAGACUUUGUAAACAAAACCAAGCAAAAAACUAAACAAAAAGCUGUCACGAACUAACCAGCUGUACCGAGAGGACCAAAAUGCUUCAGUCAUUAAAUGGAAGACUUUGCUACUUUUAUUUUUU